ACCACAACCUCUCUUCCUUCCGACAGAGGACUCUUGAUGAAAUAAUUAAUAAUAGCCAUGGACAAGCUCCUGACGGUGAUUGUGCAAACAUCUCCCAUUCCCUCUCAUGCUUCGACGGCGUUACUGGAAGCCUUGUUUCGCAGCUUUUGCCACGCCGAUGGCUUUUUGGAGAGUACCAUACUGAUUGUGUGCGAUGGUUGUCAAGUCGUCAAAGAGCAAUCAGGAGAAACCGAAAAUCACAAACACGGCAAGGCAUCGUUGGAAACGGCACAACGGUAUCGCGAGCAUUUGGUCCGAUUGCGUCAUGCCGUGGACACGCAACAACCACCCUUUGUACCGCACCAAAAUGGAUCGAUCAAACUGUUGGAAUUGGAGCGACGUCAUGGAUCUGCCUGUGCCAUUCAAGCUGCUUUUGUGAAGCGUAAAAUCCAAACCCCAUUGGUCAUGGUGUGUCAACACGACAAUUUCUUUAUCCACACAGUACCCUUUCGAGCAUGUGUGCAUGCCAUGGUGGAACGACCUGGAUUGGGAGUCGGAGUCCAAUGUCUGCAUUUCCUCUCGACAGCGACUUUGAAUUACCAGGAAAAGAUCCAGAAACGAUACCACAUGGACAUUUCCAAAGCAACGGUGGAAAUCCAUCUUGACAACAACACAAGAAAGUUCCAACUAGUGCCACUGGUAUUCUGGUACGGUCGAAGCCAUUUGUCCUAUACAGAUCACUACCGCAACACUAUUCUCAAUAAUAAUCAUCGACCCUUGCAAGUGGGAGAUCAUUUGGAAGAACUCCUGGGAGUGGCACAAUUGCACGAUAUUCAACGACGAGGCAUGGAAACUGCCUUUUCCGAUUAUGGAACAUACGUGUUGGAUCCAGGAGAUGGAAAGGAAGUCAUCUAUCACUUGUCGGGUCGAAGAGUCCGGGCAGCUGCCACAACAACUACAGAGCAACAACAGCAGCAGCAACAAGACGCAACUAUGGGACACGAGGAAGGAGCAACAAUCAGUCCACAAGAAAAGAAUGACACAACCACGAUCCAUCCACAACAGCAAGGACAACCACCUGGUUCCUUCACGACGGCACGAUCCUGUCGAGCCAUUGUACCCGGUUUGGAAAUUGUGUCCGAUUACCAAGACAAUAAUAACCAGUCCACUACUGCCAAUAAGGCACCCAAGGGUCGCUUCAAGCAAAAGUGCUUUCAUUGUGGGAACAAGGGACACUCGUACAAGUAUUGUCCCAACAUGACAAACAACGAUACGCCGAAUACAGAGACUAUUGAUUUGUCGUGA